AUGGAUUCGGGGGCGCAUGAUCUGCAAGGUAGCAGUGAGGUUUUGGGUGCAGUUGAUCAAAAGAAGACUGAGAAAUCAAGAAAUUCUGUUGUUUGGUCGGUUGUUGAAACUGUCAUUGUGAUUGAAUCAGAAGAGGGUGCUUGUGUUAUUGGAAAAAAUGAAGAUUUGGAAGCAUUGGGAAAGGAAUUGGGGUCCAAAAAAGCAGUGGUGGAAGGACUUGAGAAACUGAAUGAUAAGGAGGCAUGCGACCAGCCUGGUAGUGGUGUGGUUCCUAGUGAAGUUGAGCAAGGAAAUAAUAAGAAUUCAAACAAUUUGGCUGAUGGGAAUGUUUCUGAGACUCUGGUGGUCAUUAAUUCGGAUGAGGCUGCCCGUGUUACUGGAGAUAAUGGAAGAUUGAUUACGAAGGUUGACGAAUUGGGGUCGAGUAAGGUAUUGGUGGAAGAAUCAAAGAAGAUGGUGCCUCAAGCAGAGAAAGACUCACAUGUGAUUGAUGUGAGGUGUGGGAGUGGUAAAGGCUUUGGUGAUAAAUGGGAUGGGGAAAGGGUUUGUAGGAUUUGCCAUUUAAGUUCUGAACAAUCACCGGACAGAAAAAUUGAAACUGCUAAUAGUUCUACCCCUACGGAAUUAAUUCAUCUUGGUUGUGAGUGUAGAGAUGAGCUAGGUGUUGCACAUGGUCAUUGUGCCGAAGCAUGGUUUAAGCUAAAAGGAAACAGGACGUGCGAAAUCUGUGGUGAGACAGCGAACAAUGUCACUGGUCAUGGGGAUAGCAGAUUUAUGGAGGAGUGGAAUGAAGAAACGCUUUCUGGUAUUGAAAAUAACUCAUCAGAGAGGAAUGGAGGAUGUUGGCGGGGACAGCCAUUUUGCAACUUUUUAAUGGCAUGUCUGUGUGACGGAUGA